AUGAAUGUUCACAUUAUUCAAUUAAAGAUGCUUGUCAUAGUGAUAAGUAUAAUUUGGGAUGAUUAAUUAGAAUUAUGUUUUACAGAUAUUUUUGAAGGAUUUUGUGGAGAUGGUAUUAUUACAAAUUCUUUAGAAGUAUGUGAUGAUGGAUGUUAUAAAUGUUAAAUCUAAUGUUCAUAAGGUUGUUUAGAAUUUGAAGGUAUAUUAUGUAAAUAAUGUAAAUAAUGUGAUUCAUAUGGAUGGAAAUUAAUAGAUGAUUAAUGUAAAUCAAUAUGUGGGGAUAGUAUUAUUGAAAGGAAAGAAUUAUGUGAUGAUAGUAAUCUCAUAGAAUAUGAUGGUUGUUAUAAUUGUGAAUAUUCAUGUGAUCAUUAUUGUUUAAAAUGUUUUUAAGGGUCAUGUAUUUAAUGUCCAUAUGGAUUAUAUGAAAGUGAAUCUUAUUGUCUAAAUAAAUAUGGAGAUGGUUUAUUAGCUUAAUAAUAUGAAUAAUGUGAAGAUGCUAAUACUGAUAAUAAUGAUGGUAGUAAUUCUAAUUGUUAAAUUGAAAAAUUCUGGAAAUAUUAUCUUGUUGAUUCUUUAAGUGUUUGUAUUUACAAUAUUAGUCCAACUAUUAAAUUAUUGACAUCACUUAAUAGUUAUGGAUUAAAUUAAGAAGUCAUUCUAUCAUUCAGUGAAGAUAUAAAAUUAAAUUCAAAUUCAAUUACUGAAGAGAUAUUUCUAUAACUUAUUCAAAUGUCUAUCUCUAAUCUUUAAGAUACUGAUUACACAUAUGAAAUACAGCCCAUUUUGAGUAUUGAUUUUACUUUACAACCUGUUUCGUACAAAAAUAAACUUAAUUUCUUUAAAUCUGUUAUUGCACCAAAAUUAAUAGUUUUAAUAAAUUAUGAUCAUCUUAUAAACUAAUAUGAAAAUUAAUAAUUAUCUAUAUAUCUUA